AGUAACGCCUGUAACAAGACUGCCGAGGCUGUGUCAGUAACAGUUGACGGUUUCCUGUUUGUAAUUGAGCUCCAAGCCUGCAAAAUUAUCACAAAGUCUAAAAAGUAAAGUGACCAGUAUCCAAAUAAAGUAUUUUCAGCCUCACCUGAACGGAAAUGAUGGCUGGGAAAGGUGGUUUGACCAAACUGGACGUGGGUGUUUUAAGCGCUGAGCAGCAAGAGAAACUCCGCGAGUUUAAGGUAACACCUGAGCUAACAUGCUAGCCCGUCAUCUGAGCUAACAGUGCUGUUUGGAAGGAAGCUGAAAAAGGUCUUUUGAUUCACAGAUCAAAACGAGAAUCGACAAUGAGAGAUAUCUGAGGUCACAUCCAGAGGUGGAGAUAUUGAUCGGUAACUUUCUGAGGUUAGUCAGCUCAUCUUCUUGUCUUAAUACAGGUGCAGGGUGUCUGUCAGGUAAAUAAGGUGUCUGCGGGUUUUACAGGUCAAUAAAGAUGCUCUUGAGUGCGUUAGUGCGUGAGCUGUUUAUUGUUCAAAUUAUGAUAGAAAACAAUAUGGAAAUAAAAGGCCGGAUCAUUUGGUUACUUUAAAAUGUUUUGAGUUGAAGGGCAAUCAUAAUCCAGGUAUGCAAACAUGUCACUGGGGAGUUUCACUUGAGUUUGACAGGCAAAUGUCUUAAGGUCUUUACCAGGCUUCACAACUUGAUACUGUACCAGCUUUUUAUCCUAGAUGUAGCUCUAUUGACCUUCAAUUUUUAAACUAUUUAUGUAGGAUGGAAAAAUCUGACUUAGUCUGUAAGCAUUUAAUAUGUAAGGAGUGGCCAAACACUUUUUAAUUUCAGUGCUGAACAAGUUAGAGUGCAAUAGGGGAGAGUGGGGUAAGUUGAGCCAAAGGGUAAGUUGAGCCACCCCCUGUUGAAAUUGAUCAUGUGACCAAAUAUUUAGGAGAUGGGCAUCAAUUCAUGGAGUCUGUGAAGGUAAGAAGCAUAUGGGUGAAGGGGUUAGACAUUUAUUCAAAAAACAACAACAUUUUUUACUCUUGAAAGUGAAUUUAUUCUGUCAUAAGUUUUAUCAUUUUAAAGUUGUUUUAUACAUCAACUGUGGUAUCUAUGAGCUACAACAUGAGGUCAGAAACCUAGUGUAAAAGUCCACCAUUUUAGCUUAGAGGACUAAUAAAGUCAUAAUAGUAGUUCUGGGGUCAGUAAAGGAGUCUGAUGAGAGGAUCAGAGUUUCAGUUCAGAUUGUUGAAAUGUUUUACUUUUUCUUUUCAAAAAUACAGCUGUGAAUGUUCUGAAUCACUUAAAGACUUUCUCAUGUUAAAAUGUCUCUUUACAAAACAGCUUUUUAGCAGUUAUAUGCAAUAAUAAUAAAAAGAAUUAUUGUACCAGUUGAAUAGUGUAUAAUAGAUAAAAAUACACAUGAAUAUGAAGAUGUGACUGUUAUUUAGGGAGAGAGAAGGUGAGGGAGGGCUGGGGUGGAGAGUGGGGGGGUUAGUAGAGAUACGGCUCAACUUACCCCGCUCCUAUGGUCAACUUACCCCAUACACGGGAUAAGUUGACCAUAGAAGACCACUUUUUUUGUCAUGCUAUAUUAUCAAGACAGUUUACACUCAUUCUGUUGGUUUGUAGGGAUGCACAACAUCUUAAAAUAUAUGCAGAUACACUAGGAUUGCCUUGAUGUAGUGAUCUGAAAUAUGAAAAAUGUCUCAUCUUACCCCACCCUCCUCUACAAUAUUUAACUGAACACAAUCUUUCAGCAUUCAUGAAUACACAAAUUUACUUUCAAUUUAAUAACAAAAAGCUGCUGAUAUACAACCAAGUUUCCAAUCAAUGUCUUUAAAAGAAACAAAAGCCUUUAAUUUUUAAUCAUCUGCCUCAGAGGAUGAGUAUAUGAAGAACUGAUCAUCUUGACAUACAGGUCAUACUGAAUAUUAUUCAUUGUUUUCACCUUGCUGUCCUCACAGAGAUGUGCUUCUGGAAAGACCUACUGACAUACAGGAGUUUGCUGCAGGUGAGAGCACAGUUACACACAUGAAUGGUCAGCUGUAUAAUCUUUUGAGUGAACAGCCUAUGUUUCAGUAAAAUCCCUUGUAUGUAUAUUGUUUAGUGAUAAAAGCUGUCACUGCUAGAUUUAUUAAAUGUACAAUUUAUAGGGGAAUAGCUUGAUGGUGUUUUUAAUAGUUUUUAUAGAUUUUAUAAGCACCUGUACUUUUGUGUUGUUGACUUUGCUAGCAGUAGGAAGAUAAAUGCAAUAUUUUAUCAAAUUCUCUCUACAAGAAAUAAGGACUUCAGUUGGAGUAGUUGUUAAAUGUUUGAUUGAAAUUAUCUACUUACACACAUCAAAAUGAUUAUACCCACAAACCAGCUCUGAUGGUCUUUUUCAGAGCACUUCACCAACCCAAACCUUCAGGUUGUUAUCAGCUCCAAAAUGGAUAGAAAGAUUGGCACGGAGUGAAACGUAUCCACCACCAAGAACGCUGAUUUUUCUUUUUGUCUCCCCCGCUCAUAACUACUCACUGAUGGGCCUUUUUAAGUUACAAUUGUUUACCUGAUAACAUGAUGUUCAGAUCACAAUCAAAACAUUUUCCGAGAGGCAAAUAAGAGGGGGGUUUGUCAUGACUGACUCAAAUGAGUGAAAUAAAUGGUUGAUGAGUGAACAAACUCCUGAAGAUACAAAGCAUGCAAAAUGUUCCUCCGCCCAAAAUCAUCAGAUAUCUGUAGUCUGCAUUGAGUGAACUCUCCUGUCAAAAUAUUAUUUAACUUCAUUGAUGAUGAAGCUACAGUAAGUUUUAUUUUUGUGUCAUUAGAAAUUACCCCCAACAUCUAUCUAUAAAGUAUUGAUUUUAGUGUGAUGGUAAUAUAUAAUAAAGCUCCAGUAAAGAACUUUUGAUUUACUCUGAUUUUGGUGCCUAAAGUGGUCAGGUACUUGUAGUUUGUGAUGAAAAAUUCCAUCUUUAAAUGGCCAAAUAAAUUUAUCAGAAGUGAACUAAAAAGAAAUUCUGAAUAUUGUUACCAUAAGUCACAUAGAGGCAUCAGUAUUCAUCUUAGUCUGUUUCAUAACUAGUUAGAAACUCCUCAUAGAUGCUUAAAAUUAUAACAUGGAUAUUUUCCUGCACAGUUAGAGCAUACUGAUAAAAAUGCUGUGCUGCGUACUUGUUAAAUAUUUGUUGAUGUCACUCACGAUUGUAACAUCCAAUGAUUGAGUUAUGAAGUCUGAUUUUUUCCUCUGCACUUUGAGGGAAUUUUAAAGUGAGAUAAAACCGUUCAGUUCACCCUCUCACCACCUGAGUCGCCAUUUCCCCUGCCUCCAAACUGUAAGUGUGCAUGGAUCAGAGUUUGUUUUUUAUAGUUCACAAAGGCCUUGUUUUGUGUGGAUGCAAUGUUUAUAGAUGAGGCCCAAGGAUAUGAUCAGAAAGACAAAAAUGUUUGCUAUUUUCCAGAGCCCAUGUAAAGGGGAGUAGUCAGAUUUACUCCUCAUUGACAGGACAGAAAAGACAUACAGAACAAACACUAAACCAACAUCACUGUUUUAAUGGGUGCUUUGUUUCACAUCAGGGCUUGCUUUUCACGAGUGCCUGCUAUAUGUUUGCCAAUUUUCCAGUGGAGAGAGUGAAUUAAGGUUUUCUGUUUGUUUAUCUUUUUUGGUGGAUGUUUGUGUAUUUCGUUGUGAUUUAUGGGUUUGAUUUUAUGACCUUAUGUAAUAUCUCCAGCUGGGAUUUAAAAUAAUGUUCAAAAGGAAAGACAAAAUUAUAUCCUGUCAGAAAAAUCUUCAGAAUAAAUGAAAAGCUGUUUAUCUAA